UUAAGUUGUCAAAAUUUGUGAGAAUAGGAAGUGCGUGACAGUUCAGUUCGAUUCGAGACAAAGCAGCGAGAUUCUAGCCCAAGCCAACAAAGUUCAGAAUCAGGCAAACAGUUAAAGCUAAGUUAUAGCCAAGAUCGGAACACGUCGGAGCGGGAAUCUCGGGUGUGGACAAUCGCCAGGAAUCGAGCACUCGGCCUAUUGAAACCCAUUAAGCCAACAACUUUAUGAAAGCCAAAUCAAAACAAAUUAAACGCUAGCGGUUACCAUGCAAAUUUAUCCGAUCGUAAUCGGAAUUUCAAUCACAAUAUCGCGACCGACCUGUUAAUAGUUUAAUUUGAGCCCAUAAAUAAUAACACAAGAAUUAAUUGAUUUUCGUCAUAAAUCAAUAAAUAACUAUCCAACUAACCAACAACUAACUAACACCACCACCACCAUCACCAGUCAGUUCAAUCAAGUGCAGUCUAUUGGAAAAGGAGGGGGAAAAACCAAAUCAGAUCGCGCCGGAGCUAAAUAUUUUUUGGGUGCCGAAAUGAAACUAUUUACCAACCAAAACCAGCGCAAUGCAAAGCUGCUGCGCACCGCUGCUCUGGGGAUGACCCUGCUGUUCUUCGGGUCGCUGGUCCUCAUCGCGGAUCCACUACAGAGCAUCCUGGAUACGCAACUGAACUUGAAACCUGGCGCCCUGCUCCAUCGACUGUGGCUCUUGCCACCGCUGGAUGUAUACAUCAAUGUUUACAUGUUCAACUACACCAAUGUGGAUGAUUUCACGGCGGGCAGGGCUACCAAGAUGAAGAUCGAGGAGGUGGGUCCUUAUGUGUACAAGGAGGUAUUGAGCAACCACAACGUCACCUACAACGAGUUAAACAAUACCAUAACCUAUACGCCGAAACGAGAGUAUUUCUUUAUACGGGAACGAUCUGUGGGUGAUCCGAAGGUCGAUCGCAUCCGUGCGCCCAACAUCCCACUGAUGGGUGUGACCACUUUGGCCUCCAGUCUAUCGAUGUUCGCCGCUUUGGGACUGAGUGCCUUGACCAGACAGCUGAACUCGCAGCCCAUGUUGGAUUUGACAGUGCAUGAGUACAUGUGGGGCUACGAAGAUCACCUGGUGGAACUAGCUGCUCGAUUCGUGCCCAACUGGAUUGACUUCAGCAGCUUUGGCAUCAUGGAGAAGCUCUUUCGGGAGGGAAAUGAAACCAAUGUGUUUAACAUGAACCUGCCGGAACCCAAGGACAAAUAUGGAGUGAGAUCCAUGGAUGCUCCUCGUGGUUACACCGUGGAUAGCAUCAAUGGGGAACGUGGCUUCAAGGGUUGGGAAUACGACAAGCGGACCAAUGGAACCAUGUGCAAUCGCAUCUGGGGUAGCCAUGAUGCCACUCUCUUCCCGCUGGACAUGGAUGAGAACGAUGAGUUCUACCUGUACAGGCGGACUUUUUGUCGCCGUUUGCCUGUGAAGUUCAACCGGACCAGCACAUAUAAUGGUAUCGAUGGCUUCGAGUUCGUGAUGGAGCCGGACUCCUUCGACAGCGACCUGGACAACGCCAACUCCUCGUGCUACUGCAAGAACAACAAAUGCCUCAAGAAGGGAAUUGGCAAUGUUUCACCCUGCUACUACAACAUUCCUCUAGCCAUUUCGUAUCCGCAUUUCAUGCAUGCCGAUCCCAGUCUGCUGGAGCCAUUCGAAGGCCUCGAGCCGAAUGAGACGCGCUUUACCUCCACCGUGGUGGUGCAGCCGCAACUGGGAGCACCGAUGCAGGGAACCCAUCUGCGGUUGCAGGCCAACCAGGUGGUAGGAAAGGUUAAGUUUAACCGAAUGAUGACGCCCUUCGAGAACAUGAUACUGCCACUGCUGUGGGUGGACCUUAACAUAGAUGUCCUGAGCCUUAGCCUGCGCAUUCUCAUUCAUGGCAUCAAGUGGGGAUUCCCACUGCUGCAGUGGGGCGCAGCCCUGGGAAUGAUGAUUGCUGGAGUAUACAAGCUAUGCAGCGCGUUAAUGCUCUGUUUUUGGCCACCCAUCAAGCAGUUCCAUAAGGUGGAUCAAGUGGAACGCGGCAAGGCGGUUCAGGUGAUCGGAGUUGGUCUCAGUUUGGCUAACGGGCUGCGAAAACCAUCGCUUCAUCUGGAUCAGGAGGAGCAGCAACAUCUGCUCUACGGCGGCGGCAGUUUCAUACCCAAGUUGGCCAAGGCGUAACCCAGCAGCGGAUCGGAAUGCUUACCUCAACUCAAGAAGGGGCAACACUGUGAUAUUUAGGCUUAAGAUUCGGUGUAAAUUAUUGUGCUCAUCGGAAACAACUUAGGGAACAUCCUUGCCUACGUACUAGUUAACGAUAACUAUAAGCUAGGGCUACAGAUAGAGUGAUAACAGUAAGCAAUAUACAGCUGAGCUUGCACUCGAUAAAUACAGGUCGAUAGCUAUGUAA